AUGUACGGGCAGCAGGUGCCGUGUGGAUCAGCUGCUGCGCCUCCUGCUGCUGCUGCUGCUGCUGCUGCUGCUGCUGCUGCAGCAGCACUUGCGCCCAUGUACAACAGCAGCAGCAGCAACAGCAACAGCAGCAACAGCAGCAGCAGCAGCAAUACCACCAAUGGCCGCAGCAACAGCGGCAGCAGCCAGGGCUCUAUCCUCAUGUCUGCAGGUGGAGGGUCCCCGGUAUACCUUGGUGCUGAGCCAGCAGUCUCUGGGGAUGUCAGUGGGGGCCCCCCAGGGGGCCCCCCGGGGGGCCCCCCAGUGGGGGCCCCAGUGGGGGCCCCAGGGGGCCCCCCAGUGGGGGCCCCAGUGGGGCCCCAGGGGGGGCCCCCCUGCCGCUUGUUCUAUGGGGGCCCCCCUUCUCUUACGCCAGGCAAAGCUGCAGAGGCUAAUACCACCAAUGGCCGCAGCAACAGCGGCAGCAGCCAGGGCUCUAUCCUCAUGUCUGCAGGUGGAGGCUCCCCGGUAUACCUUGGUGCUGAGCCAGCAGUCUCUGGGGACGUCAGCGGGGGCCCCCCUGCCGCUUGUUCUAUGGGGGCCCCCCUUCUCUUACGCCAGGCAAAGCUGCAGAUGUGA